AUGACUGUAGAUAAUACUGCAUCUGCACCACCAAUCGUGGGCUCCCCGCACAAGAUCGCCGAAAGACAAGCACCGACAUGGGACUUCAGAUCCCACCCGGGCAAGCCACUCCACGAGGUUGAGCGACCGUUCUACGUGGACGACGACCGAACCGCCUUCAAACACCACGAAGACGACAUGAAACUCCAAUUCUCCACGGACUGGAACAAAGUCAACCAAUCCAGUCACGAACAGUCAGACGUCUGCAUGGUUUAUUACCCACCCAGUCUCGACCUGUCCUUCGACCUUGACCUGGAGGAUCGGUUAUUCAGAGACCUCCAAGAAUGGUCCUGGUUCCAAUGCAUUCCGGAAUACGCCAUCAAACAGGGCCUCAUCACUGCUCGUUACUGCUCGCUGAAAGCAGACAUCAGGUAUGAGCAGCGAGCCAUCAUCCACCACUACUUGGUCUGGAUCUUUGUGAUGGACGCGGUCUCUGAACAGCUCCCCCUGCACGGCCUCCACUCGACCGCGGGCAAGGUGUAUCUGGAGAACCUGAAAAGCAUCAUGCGAGAUGGCCCAAUUGAGGACAUGAAGCGGCUGUUCCACGGCUCCUGUCCGGACGAGGUCCUCGACACCGCCGUCCUCGCCCAGCGCCUCCUGGCCGAGGACAUCCUGCCCCUCAUGCGAAGCAUUCUCACACCCCACCACGUUCAAAUGUGCGUAGAGACCCUCGACCUCUUCUUGGACAACCAGUACUACGAGGGCCAGCAGUACCAUUCCCAGCCCACCUCCGACGUCGUCAUGCAGACAAGAGCCUACACCAUCGGCACGAUGAUCUGCGCCCUGUUCUACUUGCCCUCAUCCGAGGCCCAGCUCUGGAACCCGAAUGAUCCGCUUGUCAUUCAUAUGGCUAUCUCGGUCGCCCAUUUCAAUGACUUCAUGGGCAUGUAUAAGGACAGAGCUAGCCUGGAAAAGGGAGGUGAUGCGUCCGCGGGCAUGAACAUGGUCCUGUUGAGCAUGAAGGAACAUCAGCUCAGUGAGCAUGAGGCUUUGAGGCACUGCGCCCAAAAGAUUAAUGUCUUUUUGAGGCAGUUUGAACAGCUCUCCACGAGCCUGAUGCCCGAUCGUCAGCGAUUCUAUCAUCACGUUCUGAGGGGACAUUUCGCCCUGUAUGACUUUCAUCUGCUGGGGCUGAAGGGGAAGUGUAAUGGGCGGUAUGGGUGGAGGGUGCAUGAGAUGUAG